AUGUCAUCAAUAACAAUUCCUAUGAUAACAUAGGCUCAUCGUCUUCAAAAAGACAGCACUUUGAAUUUUCGAACAAAAUUGCAGAAAUCAAUCAGAUUGUCUGAAAAAUAUCAUUGCAAUAUUCAUCUGAAAAGAGAAGAUCAAUAACAAAUCAGAGUAUUUAAGAUGAGAGGUGCAUUCAAUUCAUUUAUGAGUUUAACCCAAGAACAGAAAACAAAAGGCUUAGUCACUGUUAGUGAUGGGAAUUUUGCAGAGGCUUUUGCUUUCUUUUGCAAUCAUUUCAAAAUCAAAGGAACUGUCUUUUUGCCUGAAGUGUGUUUCCAAUGGAAGAUAGAAAUAAUUUAGAAGUAUGGGAAGGAUUAUGUUGAGAUAAGAAGUGUUGGAGAAUCAUUUGAUGAAGCUGAAGCAGCAGCCUAAGAAUAUAUAAAAUAACAUGAUAGAAUAAUGAUACAUCCAUGUGAUAAUGUUAAGGCAAUCAUAGGAAAUGCCACAAUUGGCAUAGAAAUAAUAGAAGAUUUUCCAGGAGAAGUUGAUUAUGUUUUUGUGCCAGUUGGAGCAGGAGCAUUGGCAGCUGGAAUAGCAACCUAUUUCAAAGCAAUGUCUCCAAAUACCAAAAUCAUAGGGGUUUAACCAGAUGGAGCAGCAUCUAUGAAAGCAUCAUUUGAUGCAAAAAAAGUUGUGAGAAUAGAAAGUAUGUCUAGAUUCUGUGAUGGAUCAGCUGUAAAAACAGUUCCUUAAAUUACAUUUGAUAUUUGUUAACAUAAUCUAGAUGAUUUGGUAGUAGUACCUGAAGGAAGAGUUAGUUCAACUAUACUUGAGUUGUAUAAUCAGGGUAUAGCAGUGGAACCAGCAGGAGCUUUGGCAGUCUCAGUUUUGGAUCAAUAUGCAUCAAAAAUAAAAGAUAAAAAUGUUGUCUGUUUAAUUUCAGGAGGAACAGUCGAUCUUUCAAGAUUUGAUGAAUUUAAGGAGCAUUCAUUAUUGUUUGAAGGAUUGAAAUACUUCUUUUUGAUUCAAAUUCCAUUCAGACCUGGCAUUCUCAAGAGCUUUGUUAGUUUAUGUUUGGGGCCAGAUGAUGAAAUUAGCCAUAUCCAAUUCUAGAAAAAAACCAAUAGAGAAAGGGGACCAUGUUUGGUGGCUAUAGAAGUAGCUAAAAAGGAGAACAUCAAAAAGGUCAUGGAGAACAUGACGAAAAUGCAUUUAUAAUAUGAAGUUGUAAAUGAUUCAAAGGAAUUGUUUGAUUUAUUGGUUUGA